UGACAUACUGUUGCCUACCAUGCGCUAUCUGCAACAUUUCUAACCGCGUUGGGGAAUGUAGCUGCAUGCCAUGGUUCGUACCAGGUGCCUUGGUUGCCCUGAGGGCCCGAAUCCGAACACUUGGUGGUAUCCAGGGAUCAAUUUGCACCGAUUGUAUGACAAUGUCGUUCUGUGGACUGUGUGCUAUCUGCCAGAUGCAGAGGGAACUCGACGCAAUGGGUCUCUAAUUUAUACGUCACAACAACAUGCGCAAUAAGCGCAUUGCGCAUACGUGAUCAUCAGCAGAAGUUAAUUUGAACUGUUAUAAAUCAAAGUAUGCAAUGUUUAAAGACAUGUGCAGUCCAUAAUCCGUUCUUUUUUAUGUUAGAUUAUAUUUUAAAGUAUUUUAACUAUAUUUUGACAAUUUUAUAGUAUUUACUUAUAAAUUUAUGUAUGUAUCCUUUAAAUUGCCUUUCCCAAGAUUAUAUCUAUAUAAAUUA